UUGACAAAAUUUGCGCUCAGUCGUUCGCGGAACCUUGUCGUGUGCGGUACGGUCGAAUUCCUUUCCGGUGUUGACGAGUAGAACCCGCGAACUACUCGUGUGGACAGGCGGUCUUGUUCCUUUUCUUAUUAAGACGUACGGAAAACUUGGUGGCAUAAGCGGUUAGUAGAAAGUCCCUACAAAAAUGGCUGAAGAUAAAGUGAAACCAAAUCCCGAUCCUGUGGCACCGCAGUUCGAUGCCAGUGAUUUCAAUUCCACCACAAAACUAGCAGACAACCAAAUAGAAGACGAUGACUACAAUCCGUUCGAUCAUCGAGAAAUUGAUAAACCAAAUAGCACAAGCGGCUCUCUUAUCCACUUACUCAAAAGUUCCUUGGGUACCGGCAUUCUGGCUAUGCCGGUAGCCUUCAAAAACGCAGGUCUCCUCUUCGGUGCCAUCGGUACGGUGAUAAUAGGUCUAAUCUGUACGCACUGCGUGCAUAUUCUGGUCAAAACCUCACAUCAAGUGUGCAAAAAGACGCGGAUACCGGUGCUCGGCUUUGCGGAAACGGCCGAACGUGUCUUCCAGUAUGGACCCGUCAAGCUGCGGGGGAUGGCAAACUUCUCAAAACUCUUCGUAGACUACGGUCUCAUGGCGACGUACUUUAGCGCCGGCUGUGUGUACAUCGUGUUCAUCGGAAGCUCGCUGGCGAAGGUCGUCAACGUAGCCGCCGAAUUGGAUUGGAAUGUUCGCUACUACAUCCUGCUAACCAUGAUCCCUGUCCUGUUGAUGGGCCAAAUUCGUUCCCUCAAGUAUUUGGUCCCAUUCUCGGCCAUAGCCAACCUGUUCAUCGUAGUGACCUUCGGAAUUACACUGUACUACAUCUUCAAAGAUCCACUGCAAUUCGAUGAUAAACCCAGUUUUGCAUCAUUUGCUACGUUACCCCUGUUCUUCAGUACCGUAAUUUUUGCCAUGGAAGGCAUUGGUGUUGUCAUGCCCGUCGAAAACUCGAUGGCUAAGCCGCAGCAGUUCCUCGGAUGUCCAGGAGUGCUGAACACCGCCAUGGGAACCGUUAUUACUCUCUACGCAGUGAUCGGUUUCUUCGGAUACGUUCGAUAUGGGGAGUUAUCGGCAGGUAGUAUCACCCUGAAUCUACCAACUGAGGAUAUCAUGGCAAAGAUAGCUCAAGUGUUGAUCGCUCUGGCGAUCCUCUUCACCUUUGGCUUGCAAUUCUACGUUCCGAUGGACAUCCUGUGGAAGAAGAUCCAGCAUAAGAUCCCGAAGGAUAAGCAAAACAUGUCACAGAUUGCCAUCCGAAGUGGAAUCAUGGUCCUAAUGGGAGGAAUCGCAUUGGCCGUGCCCGAUCUGGAACCGUUCAUCGGCUUGGUUGGAGCUAUCUUCUUCUCCAGCUUGGGUCUGCUGGUACCCUGCGUAGUGGAAACGGUUUUCCUGUGGCCAAACGAGCUCGGAAAAUUCAAAUGGAUUCUAAUCAAAAAUGUCAUCUUUGCGGCGUUUUCGAUUUUUGCUCUCGUAUCCGGAUCGUACGUCAGUAUUGAAGAAAUCGUCAAGCUGUACACCGAAAACGAUCACACCGAGUAGUGUAGAGUACAGUAGGGUUACGAGCCGUUGUUAUGCCAUCUUACAUUAAGAUACUCCUGACGGAGCAACACUUGCUUUGUUGAGGAUUGAUAGAGCUGUACGAUUUUAGUUUGAACAGAAACGAAUGAUUUCAGGAACCGUAUGUGCAGGGCGUUUACACAGUGAUCUAGCAGCGUUGAAAAUGCAUUAGAAUUUUUGACAGUAUUUUACACUGUAUAUUUUUAAAGAAAGCGUCAUAUUUAAUGCCUGUCCUAACUUAUUAAGGAAUAUGUAAAUAUUCAUGAAAAUUAAUAAAGUGCAAAAUUACUAAA